GAGACCUCUUUAAAGCUGGCGCCAAUCCCCGCGUUCCGUCCUCGUGCGCACGUCCAGUCAGUUAACGGUAGAUUUACGUUAAAGGGAAAAAACACCGCGCGGACCCUGACCGGAUAAACAUGAGCGAGACUGAAGGGUUCAACAUCGAGGACCUGAUUAAUGUCACGUCACUGCAAGGAGGUGGAGACAUGCAAGAUCUCAAAGUUCAACAGGUGAUGGGCAAAUUAAGGAAGCUGCAACAAGCUAAAAGCAUCCUGGACGAUGAAAUGAAGGAGGUCAAAUCAGUCAGUGACUCUUUGCAGAAAGAGCUGACAACUUUACAAAAUGAAGCUUACCAACUGGAAGAAAUCCACAAAGAAAAAGAAGAGCUGUGCAGGAAGCUGCAGUUCCAGUGUGUCGAGUCUGAGCAGGACUGUGCCAGGCAGUUAGAGCAGAACAAGAGAAGUGAUGAACUGCUGGAACAGUACACUUGUGACAUCCAGGAAUUCAAGCUUAAACAGCGCAAGCAACGGAUGAAGUUUGAACACCAGCUUCAUCAACUGAUCGAUCAGCAUAAGAAUCUCUACUCCGUCUUUACUCCACAAAGGCUCCCAGUGGAAAUAGAGAAUGCUGAGAAUACAAAGAGUCAGCUGUUAUCAGCUGAACAAAUGAAGUUGGCGCAGCUGCACCGCCUCAAUGAGGAGCUAGGAGAGGUGAAGAAAGAUAAGCAGCUGGGGGCAACACCUGGAGAAACUCAGGAGGAGUAAUGUUUUUACAAAAAGAGUUAAUACUCUUGUCAGGUAAAAUCUUACAAAAGUCACAGAAUCCCGACAAACCAGUAUGGUGAAAAACCUCAAAAUGAUUAAACUUCAAAAUGAUUACAGCAUGUCGGUUUGUAUCGGUGACAUCAAAGUGAAUAAAAAAAUCUGUUUAGCCGCUAUUUUUCCUCCAUGUUCUUGAUUUUUUUUAAUAACAAUUGUUCUGUGAGGGUUUUGUAUUCCAGUUUGUUGGCACGUAGUCAUAAAACCUGAAAUAUUUUACAUUCUGUAUGUGCAUGGUGUUUUUCAGAUAGGUAGAUGCCAAUAGUCGUGUCCUGUAUGGUGCAGUGUUAAUCUCACUUUAAUGUUGUGCAUCGACCUAAUAUAAAUGUUCAUAUAUUUAAAAAUAUAAAGUUAUGUCAGUGUUG